AGCAGGGCUAUAAUGACUUUACUGCACUUGCACCUCUAUGUCACUGGCUUGAUCUUCUGGAUUACGCAGAAAUCCAGCUCUCUGGUGCUGCCCAACGCCACCGAGCUCCUGCGCGCCCCCAGCAGCGGGGCGACCGGCCCCGUGCCGGGCCUCGGGGUGCCCAGGAACCGGCGCAGGCGCUACAUCUCCCCCCGGGACAUGAGCGCGAUUUUGGACUACCACAACCAGGUGCGGGCGCAGGUGUCCCCGCCGGCUGCCAACAUGGAGUACAUGGUGUGGGACGAGAGGCUCGCCCGGGCCGCGGAGGCCUGGGCCGCGCGCUGCCUGUGGGACCACGGCCCCCCGCAGCUGAUGAAGUACGUGGGGCAGAACCUCUCCAUCCAGUCGGGCAGGUACCGCUCUAUCGUGGAUCUGGUGAAAUCGUGGUACCACGAGAAGCAGCACUACUCCUUCCCCCAGCCGUGGGAGUGCAGGCCCCGCUGCCCGUCCAGAUGCAGCGCCGCGGUGUGCAGCCACUACACGCAGAUGGUGUGGGCGACCUCCAACAGACUGGGCUGUGCCGUCAACACCUGCGCCAACAUGAGGGUGUGGGGCAGCACGUGGCGCCGAGCCGUGUUCCUGGUGUGCAACUACGCCAUCAAGGGCAACUGGAUAGGAGAAGCGCCGUACAAGGUGGGGAGACCGUGCUCAGCCUGCCCGCCGAGCUACGGCGGGGUCUGCAGCAACAACAUGUGCUUCACGGGACUCAAAUCCAACCAAGUGAGCUGGGUUUAG